GGCGCUUUACUUCUCGCUUGAAAAUGGCAGCACCCACGAAUGUAGUUGUGAAAUGGAAUGGCAAAGAAUACACAAUUUCCGAUGUUGGGGAAUCUGAGACUGUACUUGACUUGAAAUGUAUGAUAUCGAAGCAAACAGGUGUUCUGCCUGAACGGCAGAAACUUAUUGGUCUGAAGUUAAAAGGAAAAGUACCCCCUGAUGACACAGUCAUAUCAGCCCUACAGCUAAAGGCCAGCACCAAGUUGAUGAUGGUGGGUACCAGGGAAGAAACAAUUGCUGCCGCCAAUGAGAAACCCAAAGAUAUGGACGAAAUCAUCGACGAUUUUGAUGUGGAAGAUGAGGAAAUUCAAACGGAGCACAGAGAGGAAUUUUUGGAGAAAAUUCAACGAAGGGUGAGAGACUAUGAGAUCAAAGUUCUGAAUGAUCCGCGGCCGGGCAAGAAGCUACUAGUGCUGGACGUGGACUACACAUUAUUUGACCACAGAUCUGUAGCGGAACAUGCCCUCGAGUUGAAGAGGCCGUUUCUUCAUGAAUUCCUAACCUCAGCCUACAAAAACUAUGAUAUAGUCAUCUGGUCCGCCACAGGCAUGAAGUGGAUCGAAGUAAAGAUGAAGGAGCUAGGAGUUGCCUCCCAUGAAGACUACAAGAUCACGUUCAUGGUGGACAGUGGUGCCUGCAUCUCGGUGCAGACCCCUAAAUACGGCAUGGUGGAUACCAAACCCUUGGGUGUCAUCUGGGGCAAGUUUGAGCAGUACACAAGCUCCAACACCAUCAUGUUUGACGACCUGCGUAGGAAUUUCUUGAUGAACCCGCAAAAUGGCCUCAAAAUCCGGCCGUUCCGCCAAGCCCACAAGAACCGCGACAAGGACAAGGAGCUGUUGAGACUGGCCAGGUAUCUGGAAGACAUCGCCGACUUGGCCGACCUGAGCCACCUCAAUCACAAACAUUGGGAGUCCUACAGACCACCCAAGCCAUCAUGAUUCGCGCAAACUCAGGGAUUCCAUCCUUCUCUUUGAAAAAAUGAGUAUAUUUUUGUCUGUACAGUUGAGUGUUAAGGAGAAUCUAACUUAACUUACAUUGCUCUUUUUUUGGCUGUAGGAGUUUUGAUACUUUCAAUUUUAUUUUUUCAUUUUAAUUUCCGUGCUUAUUACAAUCUUAACAAACUUAAGGUUUAAAAUUUUAUUUUCAAUUUUUAUGAUUUCUCAGACUGACACACUCUGUCAAGACCACAGCAGACAUCUGUGAAGUGAGCAUUGGGGGAUGUGUCUAUUUUGUCAGGAAAGAUUCCAACAGUAAAUCGGCGAAUUUGCUCUGGUUGCAAAUGAUACAUUUUUCACAUAAUGUUCCAAGGCUUACAACUUCUGACAGCUAAAGAGCUGAAUGUGCACAGUUUGAUUUGAAUGUGAUGAAAAGUGAGUGUUCACCUCACAAUUUGGACUGAAGGACUUUAAGAAAGGUUGGAAAAGUCGCUACAUGUACUAAGUCAAGGGUUUAUUUUUCUCUUGUGUUGUGUGAAGUGAUGUUAAAAUAAGUUCCCCUCAUUCUGAAACUAGAAACAUAUUAAAUUUUAUGGUUCUGAUGAAGUUCAUUCAGGAGCAAAGUUGUUCUUUAUUAAAGGUUUCAUCGAUUCUUUACAAGAAUUUUUCUCCUUUCUGGAAUUAUCAUUUCACUGAUUUGCAGCAAUUCUCCAAUUCACUAUUUACAGAAUUCCAAUCCCAUUCACAGCCUGACCUGAACAUUAUUUCUAAGCUUUGUGCACUGACCUUAUUUGCGUAGACAUGCAUAUUUCCCCAUGUCCUUAUGCAUGUGUAUAUUUUAUUUUUUUUAACAUUUGGUUCUAUUUCAUUUGCCUGUUAAAUAUCCCUGGCUUUUUUUCAAAUUCAUGCGCCAUUCUUUACAGAUUGCAUUGUGGAAGGACUGACACGGUAGAAAAAUAAAUGCAAUAAAUUUUCUUGUGUGCAACAAA